AUGUCCGCCGCCACGCCCCCGAGUCAUGACGUCGACGCCGACGAAAACGAAGAUAUGUUCUGGGAGGCCCUCCAGGCUAGAGAGGAUCAAUGGGUUGAUGAGGAGGACGAUGAGGAGGACGAUGAUGAUGACUAUGAGGAAGAAGAGGAGGAUGACGACGACGAGGACGACGAGUUUGAUGACGCGCAGGAAGACGUGUACAUUGAUAUGAGGCGGGCAGAUCCCGGUGACGAGGAUGAGGAGGAGGGAGAAGGAGAUGGGGAAGAAGGCCAGGCGCAGAGGACGAUAUACAUGAGCCGCGCGCAGAUAAUGGAGCUGCUAGCGAACCCGGAACUGCGGAGACUGCUCGGGAGUAGUCUGGAUAUCGACCUCGGGGGACGGCGGCCAAUGUCGAGCGAUUCAGAAGACGGCGAGGAGGAAGGGGAUGACGAGAGAGCGCAACCUCGACGACGCCGGUUGAAGGGUGCGGCGGCAUACCAGAAAGUGCCAAGCGACGAAGGGCGGCAGCUCAUGGAGACGGGCAAGUUUGGGAGCAACGAGCGGACAGAAGAUACGUUUAAGCGGAAGAAGAGGCUGGCUGCGCAGAUUAUGCGUCGGGAGUUGGGGCUCGGCAGCCAUGGGCGGCAGCGGAAUGCUGAUAGACUGAUUUCGCAAUCAAAAGCCGACAUGAUCAUCCAUUACAACGCGCGAUGCUACUCGGGACAGUUCUCCAGGGACGGCAAUUUUUUCUUUUCAUGCGCGCAGGACUUCAAGGUUCGCAUGUACGACACGUCGAAUCCGUACGACUGGAAAUACUACAAGACGGUCGAGUAUCCGUACGGCCAAUGGACGAUCACGGACGCCUCGCUCAGUCCUGAUAAUCGCCUUCUGGCCUAUAGCUCCAUCCGAAGCGUUGUCUGUCUCGCCAGUACCGACCCGGCCGACGACUCGACGCCACGACACCUCGACUUUACAAACACCGCCAGCGUCGAUCGCCGACGUCGCGUGUACCCCUACUUUGGCAUCUGGUCCCUCCGCUUCUCCGGCGACGGCCGCGAAAUCGUCGCUGGCACCGGCGACGCCUCCGUCUACGUCUACGACAUCGAACGCAACCAGUCCAUCCUGCGCAUCCCCGGCCACGAAGACGACGUCAACGCAGUCUGCUACGGCGACAACGCCUCCCCGCACAUCCUCUACUCCGGCUCCGACGACACCACAAUCAAAAUCUGGGACCGCCGCUCCCUCGCCGGCGGCCGCGAAGCAGGCGUCUUCUUCGGCCACACCGAGGGCCUCACCUACGUCGACUCCAAGGGCGACGGCCGCUACGUCCUCUCGAACGCAAAAGACCAGACCGCCAAGCUCUGGGACCUACGCCGCAUGAUGUCCGCCGACCGCGCCUCCGCCAUCCGCCCAGACCGCUACACCACCGGCUUCGAAUACCGCAACCUGCCCUACGACCCUUCCCUAUACCGCCCCCACCCGCACGACGCCUCCCUCGUCACCUUCCGCGGCCACCAGGUCCUCAAAACCCUCAUCCGCGCACACUUCUCCCCGCCGCAGUCCUCGGACUCGCGCUUCGUCUACUCGGGCUCCCACGACGGAAAGGUAUACGUCUGGAACCUGGACGCCACGCUGGCCGCUACUAUCGAUGUCCUCGCUGCGACGCGCCACUCGCGCCCGCGCGAACAUGCGGCGCGCGCUCACGCCGAGACGUAUGAUUUCGUCGGUCGACAUGGUGGGAAUGCGGCGCCGUGGCAGACUUGUGUGAGGGAUGCGAGCUGGCAUCCUAGUGCGCCUGUUAUUGCGGCGACGAGUUGGAAUGGCUGGGGGACGAGUCUGGGGACGUGUAGUGUGCAUGCUUGGAGUGAUCGGGGGGAUGGGGAGGGUGAGGGGGGGCCUGUUGGUGGUGCUGGGGAAACACGCCGCUGUCGAUGCAGUCGACGUCAAAGUUGA